GCUCAGUUACGCCGCGCCCCUUGCGAAGAGCGCUGUGCUUCACGGGCGAGAUUACGGUGUCUUUACGGUUCGAAAACAGUUAUUCCCAGCACGUUUCCGGCGUGUUAAAAAAAGCCCGAAUGCUAUGCAAGUUCUGUUACCGGUAAACCAUAUAGAUUUCAUUCCACAAGUGCGACAUAUUCUAUGUUCCUUUUUUUAUAAUACUUCGUUCGGUUUUCAUGUUACAAGUGAGUGACCAGUGUUACACAUAAACACAAACAACUGUCCAAAAUACUUACAUAUAUCGAUGACAGCGUGUAAUAAGUGUCGACCGUCUAUAGAAAGAAUUUAACUUGACAGAGAAGUUUUAUUUCGCAACAUAUGUAGAGUGUUUAUGUUCGAGAACUAAUCGAGAACUGUUCUCUAGUAUUAAAGACUGCUGGUUGUUUCACGGACCCUUGUAAAAUCCGUGACAAAGUUGAAAUCAAUUGGCCAAACUGGAAUGUUAAAACGGUGAUCGCGAAUGCAUCGAUAAACACAGCACCGUAUGUAACAAUUGUCUUCUUUAUAAAGAGUUCGUCAAAAGUGUGUAAAAAAAAACUUUUCUAGUAUGACGCGUCUUCGGUGAGCUGAAAAAAGUGUUUUGAACAGUGGAUAAUAUAAUAUGUUCCGUUGAAUGUCCACGUCAAGCUUCCCUUCGAGGUCGGGUCACGCUAACAAAGGCAACGAGCAUCGAGAGUCCUGCGGGAUUCGAAACCAGAAGAAAGUGGUGUAUGAACAGAACGUCACGAAUUGCAACCACAAACAUUACGAUGUAGGCGAUGGAGCUUAUCAUCAAUCACCAAAGCUGUUUUGAGCUCUGCGUCUGCAGAAAUGGUCAAGGUACUCCCUAAUGUGUACAUCUAGAUAGAGUACCUCAUGAAGAGUGGAUUAGCGGACAAAAUGUCAACGAAUUGGCAAUACAACUCGCCUAAGGGUUAAAAGAUGACAGCAAUGUCGAGGCAGCGGUUCGCAGACCGCAGCAGCGGGGACAGAUAAGGAAGGGAGGAGCCACGCAUCGAGCAAUCAUGUGCACUGUCAUGUGGCUCCUUCGGCUCCUAACGACUUGCUGCCUCGUUUAUCUAUCGGCAUCCGACUUUCACACAGAUCUGCCGCUAAUGACAGAUUCGGUAUCAACGAAGUCAACGACGGCGGCAAAGCGAUCGAUACCGACAGAUGCACCGAUGCUGUACUACAUCUUCGACGCGCACAGUACGCUAAAUAAGCAUCAACAUCAUCACGAUCAUCGGUGGGAUCCUCAUUUCGAAGGGGAAGGAAAGAAUAUGACUGUUCAAGCCGGCGGCCGUGCCGUACUCGAUUGCAGAAUAUCCUUAUUGCAGGACAAAACCGUGUCCUGGGUACGUAGACAGGAUAAUGGAGAGAAGGUAAACCUGCUGACGGUGGGACCACACACGUACAUAGGAGAUCCAAGGUAUACAGUGAAGUUCCAGUAUCCAGACAACUGGCGCCUAGAAAUUAAACCGGUGAACAGUAGCGACGAAGGCCAGUACGAGUGCCAAGUCAGCACCCAUCCGCCUAAACAUAUUCAUGUGAAUCUCCACAUCAACGCGCCGUCCGUCCAAAUAGUGGACGCCUUGGGAGACCCCCUGAGGGACAAGUACUACGAGGCUGAUAGCACCAUCGAACUACUCUGCGUCAUACGCCAUAUAGCGAUGCAAGUUCAGUACAGCGUCGUCCAGUGGCUUCACGGCAAUCGAGUUCUCAACUACGAUACAACAAGGGGUGGUAUUAGUGUGAAAACGGACUUAAUGGAAGAGGGGGCCAAUUCGACUCUCAGUAUAGCGAGGGUAGGACCAGCUGACAGUGGAAACUAUACGUGCCAUCUCACCACCAUGCCUGAUCAACCAUCCACUGUUCACGUGCACGUACUAAACGGAGAAAGCUUAGCCGAGCUGCAUCACGGAAGCGCAGCGAGUAUGGUCGGCGUCGGCAGAUCGUUGCUUCUUCUCCUGUCCGUUCUCCUCGACCGAAUACAACAGGUGCUCAGAUGAAGGCCUGGCGGAAGGCCUGCCAUUGCGUCCCGGAAAGGCGCGAAACGGGCGUAGCGGGGCUCCGUGACGACGUUGGACAGUGUCGUGACACGGCACUGCAAUACAAUACGAACUUUUAUAUUAUCGCUAAAGAAUGAGCGUGGCAGAGUGUGUGCGCGAACAAGAGAAAAACGGGAAAAUGAGGGGUGGGGAAAGUAGAAAGGGGGUUGAAGCGUUGCGCGAGAAAGAACUGCAUCGAGGGGAGGGGUUGGCAGCGCUGAUUCAACAUUGUUCUUGGCCCAAUUGAAAGUGACUGUUUCUGCGUCGCUGCACGGCAGUGUUUCUGCUCCGCCGAUGUUUCUUCCUGUACCGGUCGGACUUCGAAAGUACGUCAACUUCAGGCCUUUGUCUUUCCAGGUAUUUCCACGAUGCCUCUAUUUUUGGAGACAAACACGGUCACUCCGACGCCUCGCGUGCCACUUGCAAACGGAAGCUGAACUUUAAGAGGAUCAUUACAAAAGCAAUUCUUCGAACGAAAUUCAGUAUGUACUUAAUAGAACUUAGUAGAGGACCCUGCGUAAAAUAUGCUCGCCGUUAUAUUCGGGAAACUUCGAUGGUUUCGCAGAAACAAAUCUUACUCGCGUGCGAUCGAUUAGGGUAGUGGAGCCGGUUACUGUGGGGCUAACCAAUUACUGUGCGUUUGGUCUGUUUUCGGGCACAAUUAACUUUGUAUCUAUCGAACAAGAUAUAUUAAAUUUUGUUAU